GACAAUGUGUGUUUGUGUGUGAGGGGAGGGGGAUCACUCACAACCAGCGCGGAAGCAUACACAGAUGUAUUGUUAUUAAAGUUUCGAACCCCUUAUCACUUUACGACAAAAUAACCACUUCUUACUUUUUAACAGCCACCUGCUAGUGCUUGAAGUGUAUCCUUUUACAUUUGAAAAGCAAUGUGACCUUAAACCACUUUGGAAACCCUGUGGUCACCAUGCACUAUUUCUACCGUGUAUUCCCGACUCGGAGGGAUUUUGGAUGUGCACCGUCAAGUGCGUUCCUUAGGAAACAUUUUGUUGUUGGACAUAUCUGGGCACGCACGCAGACUUGUAGAAUAAAAACAAGUGAUGGCCGUCAGUUUUUGGGAACAUAAAGCUCGAAUAGCCUUCAAGCCAGCCUACAACACUCGCCCGGCGAACUACCAUGGGGAUCUGUUCGUUCCAAGUUUUAAUUUCCCUGCUGAAGAGCCGAAAGAAGACUUCAAGAAGCUGCCCUGGAUGAAGAUCGACUUCAAGACGAGCCCGAUGGACUACCUCGACACUGUCCUCCACUACUGCUUUGACGGAAACACCGAGUGUGAUUUCCGUGUGGAGAACAACGGGACGCAUCCCGAUCGUUGGUACCACGCCCCGUGGAUGGCCUACCCACCUUCUGGGCGUGAGCCUAUUCACGGCUUGACCAUGGAGAGGCCUACUGAACCACAGUACUUCGGUUUGAAGGACCAGAAAUGGCUGCAGACUUGGGCUCUGAGCUUCUACAACGAUUUCGGGGCCAAAACAAUCAGCGACUUCUGGGAGAAGCCAUGGGAGCCAGCGCUCAAAGAUGACGUCACAUUUCCACCAGGCACGGUUUCGUUCAAACUCCUGUUCACCGAGGCGACAGAAGAUGACGUACCGAGUCUGGCAGUACUGGGGCUCCUGACACUCUGGGUACCAUCCGACCAGUACUGGGGUUCCUUACACUCUGGGUACCAUCCGACCAGUACUGGGGCUCCUGACACUCUGGGUACCAUCAAACCAGUACUGAGGCUCCUUACACUCUGGGUACCAUCCGACCGGUACUGGGGUUCCUGA